UUUAUAUGGUUAUCAUUUCGAAAAAUUGAUAAUUUAAAUAAUAAUUAAGUAUUGUUAAAUCACAAAAAAACUACAAAAAAUAAAGAAAUGUCAAAUUACUACUUUGAAGAAGAGCAAGAAAUCAAAAAAGAAACUUUGGUUAAAGAACCUAUUUCUUAAAUUAACUUGCACCAAAUCACUAAUGGAACAACCUAAGAUUCACUGGGCUAUCAUCUUUUUGACGACAAAUUUGAUUAUAAUUUAGAAAACAGUUUCUUUCAAAAUGAUUAUUAUUAACCUCCCCUUGUCGACAUAAAUUCUGCUUGUUUAAGUCAAUACUAUCCUAGCUAACAAGAAGAGCCAAAAAACGCAUUUGAUGGAAAUUAAGUAGAUGACUUCAUGGAAGAUUUAUUUAAUAAUGAAGAUAUACAAAAUAAUAAUAUAAACUAUUAAUAAUAAUAAAAUACUGAUGUUUACUUCAAUAGUUAUUAGAAUAAUGAAGAGUAAUAAUAAAAUAAUAAUCAUGAAUAAAUCGAAAUUGAAAACUAAUAUGAAAAUCUAAAUUAUUUAUCAUCGUAGUUGAGUGAUGAUUAAAAUAAUAAUCUUAAUACUACGAAUACUGCUAAUUAAAGCAAUUAAUUAAAAUAAAGACGUGACGUUAAAGAUGAUAGAUUAAUUCAAAGAAUUUAAAAUCUGACUCAAUUAGAUAUAGGUAUUGAAGCUUUGCGCCAGUUUAAGAAUGAGAUAAAGAAGAACACUAUUAGAACUAUCUUACAGAAAAGUAAUAAAAAUAUAAACCAAGUUAGACUUUAAUAAUACUUCGAAAACAAAUUACAAGAUUAAUAAGUCUUUCAGAUUUAUAAUCGCAUAGACAAUAUUUAUAAUUAACUUUUUCCAGAUUCAGAAAAAGAUUUGAGAAAAGAUAUUCUUGUUGCUUUUGUUCAACUAUAUAAUGAAAACAGAACUAAGUUUAACUAUAAUAAUGUGAAAUAUUUGUUUUAAGACGCCAGCUCUAACAAAGGAGAAAUAAACAAAUUAAUUGAAAUUGUCAAGGAGAAGAUUAAUCGUUGUCCUAAUUAUAUCUAAUAUCUAAUAAAUUGCGCCUAAAAAAUUUUUAUAGAGUUCUUUAACUAUUUUUUAGAUAAUUAACUAAUUCCUUAUCUAUAUUCUGAAUAUAAAAUGAACACUUAUCCAAAUGCACGCUAUCCUUCACCUCAAUAUAAGCAGAUAGAUAUCCAUGUCACAUUAUAUUGUGUAGAAAGUCUAUUUAUAGAGAAUAUGCAAUGA